AUGGAGAAGUUUGGUUUCCACAAAGUCAGCAAUUCCCCGAAAGCGGGCAAUGCAACAAUCACGCACAACCAGGCCGCGAAAAAAGCGCCUGCGGUGCCGUAUUUCAAGAAGCACAUGAGAAUCGAGAUUGCGCCGUCAAACCUGGUGGCCUUGGCCAAUUUGAUCGCCGUCCACCCGGCGGAUUUCCCGGAAAUCAACGAGCGAGACAACAUCAUUAUCGACGGCAUCUUUGUAUAUGGCAUCACCAAGGACCCUGCGAUGAAACAGGGCACUAUUGGCUUGGCCGGCAAUCUUCGCCAGUGGUGCAAAACGUCCUUGGGCCAAAUGGUGGACGUGGAGUCGUACAACAUUUUCGACCGCAGCCCCGACAACACGCACUACUUGGGCGAGGUGGACUUUUUGGUCGACUACCGAAACUCGUCCAAAGCCACGCCGGCUACCAUCAGCGAGGAGGACCUCAUCAGCGUGUUUCUUGCCAACUAUCAGAACCAGAUCUUGCAGCCUUCGCAGCCGGUGGUCAUGGACUACAAGGGCAAGAUUCUCUCUGUUUUUGUGUACGCGUGCCAGGUGAUCAACUUGAGCCAGAUUGGCGAGCCCAUGCGGGAAAUGUCGCAGGACAUCGCCACAAAGGGCAUUUUGAUGAAGGGCGGCACGUCCGUCAACUUUUUCCCCACCGAAAACUCGUUGAUCAAGUUGCAGAAGAAGCUGGGCGGCAAGUCCUCGGCCAUGAUCAACAAGCCCAGAGCAAACCCCAUCAUCAACCCGGACUUCAAGUUGGAAAACUUGGGCAUUGGUGGCUUGGACCAUGAGUUCCAGCAGAUCUUCCGCCGCGCGUUUGCCUCGCGCAUCAUCUCGCCCGACUUGGUCGACAAAUUGGGCUUGCGCCACGUCAAGGGCUUGUUGCUCUUUGGGCCUCCCGGCACAGGAAAGACCUUGAUUGCCAGGCAGAUCGGCAAGAUGUUGAAUGUGAAGGAACCCAAAGUGGUCAACGGGCCGGAAAUGCUCUCGAAGUACGUGGGCUCCUCGGAGGAAAACAUCCGGAACUUGUUCAAGGACGCCGAGGCAGAGUACAAGGCCAAGGGCGAGAACUCGCUGUUGCACAUCAUCAUUUUCGACGAGUUGGAUUCGGUCUUCAAGCAGAGGGGCGGUGGCAGAAGUGACGGAACAGGCGUUGGCGACAACGUGGUCAACCAGCUCUUGGCGAAGAUGGACGGAGUGGACCAGCUCAACAACAUCUUGAUCAUCGGAAUGACCAACCGCUUGGACUUGAUCGACAAUGCGUUGUUGCGUCCCGGCCGUUUCGAGAUCCAGAUCGAAAUCUCGCUUCCCGACGAGAAGGGCCGGAAGGAGAUUUUGUUGAUCCACACCAAGAAAAUGGCCGACAACAACAUCUUGGGCAGCGACGUGGAUUUCGACGAGUUGGCUUCGCUCACCAAGAACUUCACGGGUGCCGAGCUCGAGGGCCUCUGCAACUCCGCCUCGUCGUUUGCUAUCAACCAGUUCACCAAGAGCGAAAAUAUAGCCAAGGUGGACGAGAACAUUGCCAAGAUGAAGUUGACGAGAAACGACUUUUUAUUGGCGCUCAACGAGGUGAAGCCGGCAUUUGGUGUGAACGAGGAAGACUUGAACAUGAACUUCCCCUACGGAAUUAUCGAGUACAACCAGAAAAUCCACUCAGUGUUUGAAAAAUUGAAGUCUUACAUCGAACAGGUGAAGCAGUCGGACACCGAACGCCUCAUCAGUGUCUUGUUGCACGGAGAGCCUGGGGUCGGGAAAACCGCCAUCUCCUCGAUGAUUGCGUUGAACUCCGAGUUCCCAUUUAUCAAGAUGUUAAGCGCCGAAAGUUUGGUGGGAAUGUCCGAAGCAAUGAAGAUGACGACCAUUGACAAUGUGUUCCGGGAUGUCUACAAGUCGCCUUUGAACGUCCUCGUCAUCGAUAAAAUCGAGACGCUUAUCAACUACGUGCCCAUUGGCCCCAGGUUUUCUAACGAGAUCUUGCAAAUGUUGAUUGUGAAUUUAAACAAGAGGCCACCCAACGGAAGAAGAUUGCUCAUAAUCGGCACUACGUCACAGUACUCUGUUUUGAAGCACAUGGGUUUAGUGGAGAACUUCACCAAGACAAUUGAGUUGAAGAAGGUUCUGCAUCUCGACGAGGUGAGUGUGAUUUUGGAUCAAAUGAAAUUCAUGGACAGCUCGCUGCGGAAAGCAAUUUUGCAACAACUUUCCUCCUACGGCGAUGGAACGAUUAAUCUUAGUAUUAAGAAAUUGAUCCAAGUGUUGAUGAACUGCAAGUACCUCAAGGCCGAUGUGAAUGUGGUAGUGGAGAAUAUCUUGGAAGCUCAGGUAGCGUAA